CCAACUUUCAACAACAGAUCCCUGAAAUCUUCUCUUUUCACUCAUUCAGCCAUUACUCCCCCUCACCAUGUCGUCCUCGUCGUCGACGUCGAUGACCUCAAAAUCUCCAAGGUUGCGACGUCCCAAGGGCAUCACGGGCACUCCUGGCUCACAUUUUGAAAAUACCGAGGAGGAUGAACCCGCCGAACACGUGUACCAGAAUCCUAACAAUCGUCACCCUGUAGAACGAAUUCUUGAAACGGAGCGGGCCAGUGUUAUCGUUGUUGGAGUAUUGACGACGCUGGCGUUCGCGCUGCGCUUGUACAAACUCAGCCACCCUGACCAAGUCGUCUUUGACGAGGUCCAUUUUGGAAAGUUUGCUUCGUAUUACCUCCUGCGGACAUACUACUUCGACGUUCAUCCUCCGUUCGCGAAGCUAUUGUUCGGACUUGCAGGCUGGUUCGUUGGAUUCGAUGGCCAAUUCCAGUUCGAGGAAAUAGGCGACAGCUACACGCUCAAUCAUGUUCCCUACAUCGGCAUGCGCGCCCUCCCAGCCAUCCUCGGUAGUCUUACAAUCCCGGUUGUAUAUGCCAUCAUGAAGCAGAGCGGGUACUCCACGGUCAUUGCAGCUUUCUCAGCAUCUCUCAUUCUCUUCGACAAUGCCCACAUCGCACAAUCUCGUCUUAUCCUCCUUGACGCUACACUUAUCUUCUUCAUGUCGCUUACCAUAUAUUCCUACAUACGAUUCCAGAAGCUUCGUUAUUGGGAAUUCUCGACAGAAUGGUGGGUCUGGCUGAUUCUUACGGGAACGUUUAUGGCGUGUACCUGGGGGUCCAAAGUCAAUGGCAUCCUCACGGUCUUCGCAAUCGGUGUUGCCGUUCUCAUUGACCUUUGGGAUCUUUUGGAUUACAAGAAGGGAAAUACUAUGGAUCAUUUUUGGAGACACUUUACCGCUAGGGCAAUCGGGUUGAUUGCCGUCCCUUUCAUGAUCUACCUGUCUUUCUUCUACAUCCACUUUGCUAUCCUCACACAAUCUGGACCCGGUGACACAUUCAUGAGUCCUGCGUUCCAAGAAACACUUGCGGGUAACGAAAUGCUAUUGAACAGUCAAGAGAUCAGAUAUUUUGACACCAUCACUCUGCGACACAAGGACACUAAAGUGUACUUGCACUCGCAUCCUGAGAAAUAUCCUCUGAAAUACGAGGAUGGCCGUAUCAGCAGUCAAGGUCAACAGGUUACUGGCUAUGCCCAUAACGAUACGAACAAUUUUUGGCAAAUCAUACCCACGAAGUCACUUCCCGAAACUGGUCGCGGUCGGGUUGUACGCAAUGAAGACAUGAUCCAGCUCCUCCACGUCAAUACUAAUACGCUCCUCUUGACGCACGACGUCGCGUCGCCACUUAUGCCUACUAACGAGGAAUUCACAACGUGGCCAAGAGAUGAUCAUUCACGGUAUAACGACACGCUAUUCAAACUUCACCUCAUCGACUCUCACGACGGCGAGGCCUGGAAGACAAAGUCCGGGUAUUUCAGACUAGUUCAUGUCCCUACCCUUGUCUCGAUGUGGACUCACAACAAACAACUUCCUGACUGGGCAUUCAAUCAGCAGGAAAUCAACGGUCAUAAAAGUGCGACAGAGAAGUCUGCAACAUGGUACGUCGACGAGGUCAUUGACGCGGAAGAUGUCGAGGAUCUAAGCGACCGCACUGAGCCUGCUGUGCCGAAGAUCCCAAAGAAGAUGAACUUUUUCCGCAAAUGGGGGGAACUUCAGCUCUUGAUGUUGCAGCACAACGCAGGUUUGACGGCUUCGCACCCCUAUGCCAGUAGCCCGAUCAACUGGCCGUUCUUAUUGAGCGGGAUCAGUUUCUGGACUGAGAACGAUGAACAAAAGCAAAUAUAUCUAAUUGGUAAUCUAGUGGGCUGGUGGACAUGCGUGGUUAUGCUGUCGAUCUAUGUCGGUAUUCUUGGCGCCGACCUUUUGGCCCGUCGUAGAAACUUUAAACCCAUUGAUGACCCCGUUCGCAACCGCCUCUGGAACUCGACAGGAUUCUUCUUUGUCAUCUGGGCGGUGCACUACUUCCCUUUCUUCCUCAUGAACCGACAGCUUUUCGUCCAUCACUAUCUCCCUUCCCAUCUAGCCUCUGCCCUGAUUGCGGGAUCCGUAUUGAGCUUCAUGCUCUCUGAUACGGUUAACUACCCUUCGUCAAUCCGUGGCCUAUUGACUCGUGCAAAAGCUCCAACUUAUGCGGACAUUGGCCUGAAGGGACCUAUAAUCUUUGUAGUGUUCUGCAUCGUAUUGUUCUCGAUGUUUGUUUUCCUAGCGCCUUUGACCUAUGGAACACCUGGUCUCACUGGAGACCAAGUAAAUCAACACCGACUAUUGUCCACGUGGACGCUUCAUUUUGCUGGCAAAGUAACUGCGGAGAUUCCAGCUUAAGCGGGAUCCCUUUGGAGGACGCUAUGGAUGGUGCUUUGUGUGUUACCCACCCUUCCCAUAGAGAGAAGCGUAGAUGUGGACCGCAGAUAGCAUCUUUUACUUCUAGGGCUGGGCGAAUUGUACAUUGUACAUACUUGUUUCCUAUGAAUAUCAGGUUGGUAGCCCUUGUAAAUAAGUGGGAUGUGGAUAUCUUCUGAUUAAAUAGUGUUACCCAUAGUCUUGGUUCUAUAUCCUUUGAGCUGGUUUUACUCUUUCUUGA